CAAGUUGAGAUCUUUACUGGGAUUUUGUGUUAGUUUUCAUCAGUUUUUCUACGUCUCCAGAUAGAUUGAUCUUUGGGUUAUUGAUGUAUUUGCUCUAUUAUGAUAUGUGGCCCUGAUGUAAAUAUUUGAGCUUUUGCUUCAAGAUUGGAUUUUUCUGUGUUUUUUAGUCUGAAUUUUGUCAUCACUAGAUACUUAGGCUCAUGUGAUUUGAUCAUCUUCAAUAUAUUCUUCUCUGAGUAUUGGAUUUUUGGUAUUAGCUGCAAGUAGCUUCACCUUUUUUGAGUGAUUGCUUGUCCUGUCAAGAUGAUGAUGUUUGAGGAAAUGGGGUUCUGUGGCGAUCUUGAUUUCUUUCCUGCUCCGCUAAAGGAAGUGGAACCGGCUGCUGCUCCACAGACUGAGCCGGAUCCGGUGAUGGAUGAUGAUUAUAGCGAUGAGGAGAUUGAUGUGGAUGAACUGGAGAGGAGAAUGUGGAAGGAUAAAAUGAAGUUGAAAAGGCUCAAAGAAAUGACUAAAAGUAAGGAAGGUGUUGAUCCUGCAAAACAACGUCAGUCGCAGGAGCAAGCGAGGAGGAAGAAGAUGUCAAGGGCACAGGAUGGAAUCCUGAAGUACAUGUUGAAAAUGAUGGAAGUGUGUAAAGCUCAGGGUUUUGUUUAUGGUAUCAUCCCGGAAAAAGGAAAGCCGGUUAGUGGGGCAUCUGAUAAUCUUAGGGAGUGGUGGAAGGAUAAAGUGAGGUUUGAUCGAAAUGGCCCUGCAGCCAUAGCCAAAUAUCAAGCUGAUCAUGCCAUCCCAGGCAUGAACGAGGGAUCUAAUCCGGUGGGUCCUACCCCUCACACCUUGCAGGAGCUUCAAGAUACCACACUUGGUUCGUUAUUGUCAGCUUUGAUGCAGCACUGUGAUCCUCCUCAAAGAAGAUUUCCAUUGGAGAAAGGCGUUCCGCCACCAUGGUGGCCCACUGGACAGGAGGAUUGGUGGCCUCAAUUGGGUUUACAAAAGGACCAAUGUUCUCCACCUUAUAAGAAGCCUCAUGAUCUAAAGAAGGCGUGGAAGGUUGGUGUCCUCACGGCGGUGAUCAAGCACAUGUUCCCCGAUAUUGCUAAAAUCCGCAAGCUGGUACGGCAGUCAAAGUGCUUGCAGGAUAAGAUGACAGCCAAAGAAAGUGCAACUUGGCUUGCUAUUAUUAGUCAGGAGGAAGCUUUGGCUCGGGAACUUUAUCCUGAUCGCUGUCCACCUUUGUCCUCAGCUGGUGGUAGUGGAAAUUUCAUGUUGAAUGACAGCAGUGAGUAUGAUGUUGAAGGUGCUCAAGAUGAGCCUAACUUUGAUAUUCAAGAGCAAAAACCAAACCACCUCAAUUUGUUGAAUAUCAAUGUUGAGAGAUUCAAGGAGACGAUGCCUCUGCAGCAACAAUCUCAUCAAAACCAAGAUGAACUAAUCACCAACUUAGAUUUCUGUCUGAAGAGGAAGCAAUCCAAUGAACCGACUGUGAUGAUGGCUCAAAAGAUCUUUACAUGCGAGUUUCUUCAAUGUCCUCACAACGAAAUUCGCCAUGGUUUUCAGGAUAGAUCUUCCAGAGACAAUCAUCAAUUUGCUUGUCCUUUCAGAAAUUCUUCCCGGUUUGGAGUUUCAAACUUUCAGAUUAAUGAAGUCAAGCCAGCUAUCUUCCCUCAACAAUAUAUCCAGCCAAAGCCAGUUAAUCAAGGUCCACCUUCCUUUGAUCUAUCUGGUAUAGGAGUUCCUGAAGAUGGGCAAAGAAUGAUUAAUGACCUUAUGUCAUUCUAUGAUAGUAAUGUACAAGGAAGCAAAAGCCAAAAUACCGGGACUUUUUCGUUGACCAAAGAGCAGCAGCCUCAUCAACCACCUCGUAUCCAUCAGGACAAUAACGUGCUCAGCCAAGGGAUAAUGGACGGAAAUAUCUUCAAAGACACUAAUAUUUCCACAACUCAGUCUAUGCUCCCACAAGGCAAUCUGUUUGAUCAAUCCAAGGCUUUAAAUUCGCCUUUCAAUGCUGGCUCCAAUGACAAUUUCCAUUUCAUGUUUGGGUCUCCGUUCAACUUACAGUCGACCAAUUAUAAUGGAAAUUUGCCUGGCGUUGGAUACGAUACCACACCGAAGCAAGAUGUUCCAAUUUGGUACUAGCCAGGAGGUUGACAUGUAUAUCAAGUAGUCAGUUUUGGCUUCAUAGAUAUAGCUAAGCACUCGUCUGCUUUUUCAGGUGGAUUUUUAAUCGCCUAUAGUCCUCUUAGUUAUUGGUAUUUCCUGUUACCAUGUGUUGUAAAGGUUGAAGAACUGGGCAUGGUGUAACAAACACCCUCAAAUAUUUGCCAAUACUUCUUAAGAGGACAUGUAGAUAUCUUAUAAAUAAGUUACUGUUUCAUCAUGGCCAGUUUUAUCAGUCAGUAUAAACUGUUGAAUUUAUAGGCUGUGGCUUAGUUCCUUUUUGUUUAGUACUGUUCUCAAGAUUGUUUGAGAGAUCUACUCUAUCCUUUGAAGUCUUGUGGCAUUGUUGUUAAUGUUGCCAAAAUUAUGUAAAGAGGUGUUUUCUGCUA